AUGGAGGUAAUCGAGGAGAAGGAAGCCAUGCGGCAGUGGUCGCGCAAGCAGCACUGCCAGGGGCGCACAGUGGCACUGGUGCCCACCAUGGGGUAUCUCCACGAGGGCCACCUCUCUCUCGUGCGCCUGGCGGCCUCGCUCGCAGACGUGGUGGCUGUGUCGAUCUACGUCAACCCCUCGCAGUUCGCCCCACACGAAGACCUCCUUUCUUACCCACGCGACCUCGCCCGUGAUCUCGCUCUUCUCAAGGAUCUCCCGGUGGCAGCAGUGUUUACCCCUGCGGACCUCUACCUGCGCCCGCUCUACGCGCCCCCCGACCAGCGCCACGCCGUCGCGGAGCCCCCUGCAGCAGCGCCCGCCCCUGGCGGCGCUGCAGAGAGCGCAGCAGCAGCGAGCGGAGCGGCGAGCGCGGCGGCGCCAGCAGGGCACGAGACGUGGGUGACGGUGGAGCGGCUGCAGCGGCCGCUGUGUGGGGGCGGGCGGCCGGUGUUCUUCCGCGGCGUGGCGACGGUGGUGGUGAAGCUGCUGCACAUCGUGGAGCCGGACGUGGCUGUGUUUGGCAAGAAGGACAACCAGCAGUGGCGCCUCAUCCACCGCAUGACCACCCUCUCAACCCCAUGUGCCCUCCAGACCACCCUCUCAACCCCAUGUGCCCUCCUGACCACCCUCUCAACCCCAUGUGUGCUGUGA